CUAUCCGCACAUGCAAUAACAGAGUUUUGAGUAGUUAAGAGUAAACAAAAAAGCUCAAGCUUACAAGCUUGUUGCACAAGCUUUAGACUUUUUCAGAGAACUGAAUAUUCUAAUGUAGCUUGCUGUCUUUCCUCCUCUUAUUUGAAUCUGAAAUUAAUGUGCUUUCUGUCAAAACACAGUUGUGAUUUGUAUUUAAUCAAAGGGUUCACCUCUAGUUGGGGUGAUCACUUUGUCUGAGGUGUACUUCGGACGUGAAUGUCCUGUGUCGGUGUGAAAGAAGUCUUCUACGGGUAUGGUUGGUUUACAGAACGAAACAGAUCACGGAGCAAAAGAGCCAGUAGAGGAUACAGAUCCAAGCACACUUUCCUUAACAAUGACUGAAAAAUAUCCCAUCCAAGACACAGGAGUACCUAAAGAUGAGGAAUACCUAACAGAUCAAGUAACGUUGGAAAUUGCAUCUGUGAACAUCAGGAGUCUUACAUCAGAUACUGGCCUAGUCCAACAGCCAGAAAACAAAGACACGCAAAACCAUACCGAUGAAUCACUUUCAGAUCUCAAGAAAAGCUGCAAAGAAAACAGCACCUGCUCCUUGUGCUUAUUUCGUGCACCGACCAUCAGCGACAUGCUCAAUGAUGAGGACUUGUUGUACACAGUGAGGCUAAAGCUGGAUCCCUGCCACCCAACAGUGAAAAACUGGAGAAACUUAGCAAGCAAGUGGGGGAUGACUUAUGAUGAAUUGUGUUUCCUUGAACAGAAGCCCCAGAGUCCUACCUUGGAGUUCUUGCUACGGAACAGCGACAGGACUGUGGAGCAGCUGAUUGAGCUCUGUAAAUUUUAUAAGAGAAUCGAUGUUGUGAAAGUGCUGCUGAAAUGGGUGGAGGAGGAAUGGCCCAAGAGAGGAAACAGAAAUUACCAGAAUGACUUGUAGGUCAAAGAAGAUUUAGUCACUGCUUGUGAAAUGUUGGGACUAGCUGCCACUAGUAGAUGGGAAGCUUCCCUUGUGAGAGAGAGGCAGAAUCUGUACGGACAGUUUGUAUACCGUGUAAGCUUUAUGUACUGUAUACACAUAUAUAUGGUCUGUGCCCUCAGGGCUGCAAAGAUAACCUUUCAGAAGUGGAUGGAAUAAUGCAGGUUGUGUUCUUGAGUCUGCAAAUGCUUCCUAAGUAGCAGAAGAAUGAAAAACCUAGACCACUGGUUUUACUGCAGCAGUUGCAAACCAUGUCAGUUGUGUGUUGUUGCUAUUGGGGAAGCCCCAAUUAGAAGGCAAGUCUGCCUUUCUGGCAGCCCUUCCACAACUUUUGUGUUUUACCUGUUAGAAGAUGAGAGGGUGUUUUUUUUUUUUGUUGUUGCUGUUCUUUUUUGUUGUUCUUUUUUUUUAUUAUUUUUUUUAAGCUUUAUGACACUGUUUUUGGCACAGGAACACCUCAGUGUUCCAAGUAGCAGUUUGGAUUUGCAUAUUUGAAUUAAUUCAAUGUUUAAACAUCACAUUCAGGUAGUAAAAUUAAGUUUUGAAUGUCUUUUACAAACAAGACUAGACAUUGAAGUAGAUGUAUACUCAUACAUCAUAGGGCGUAUGUUUGCUAUGAAGAAAUCAUGCAAUUCAGAGAGACUUUCCAGACCAUAACUUUAGGGAUUAAAAAAAAAAAAAAAAAAAAAAAAA